GCAAAAUAUAAGUAGGCGUCGAAACAAUUAGAUAAAAUAAUAACAUGCAUGCAACGCAUGCGUCAAUAAAAGAUACAUCAUUUUCAAAAUGGCAGGCGUACCGAUAACGCUAGUGGAAUUGAUAGAUACUGCAACCAAUGUUCACAAUCGAGAAAGUAAUGAUGUUUAUGCAGGUUAUGUUUCAAAACAAGUUAAUAAAGAAAUCGAUGGUCCUCACACUGCAGUAAAGGUACUUGUUGAGAAAUUACAGCAACGUCAAGAGAUUGUUUCACUACAAACAUUAAAUGUUAUUGAACGAUGUGUAAAAGACUGUGGGGCAAAGUUUCAUCAAGAAAUUGGAAAAUACAAGUUUAUUAAUGAACUGAUUAAAUUACUUUCACCAAAAUAUGAUGGUGAUAACACUCCCCAGACAGUUAAAGAUAGAAUUAUUGAGUUAUUAUUUUCUUGGUAUGUUGGAUUGCCUCAUGAAAAAAAAAUAGGCGAAGCUUACAGAAUGCUUAAGCAACAAGGAAUCAUAAAACGUGAUCCAAUUGAUUCAUCAAAACCAAGUGAAUUUCAACCUAAGUACAGUGAGAAAACAGUAUUCAGCGAUGAAGGCAACUCAGAGCUAUUGAAGACCUUACUAGCAAGCAAAAAUCCUGAUGAUUUACAAUCAGCAAACAAAUUGAUCAAAUCAUUAGUAAAAGAAGAAGAAGCGCGUCUUGAACGAGUUUCUAAAAGAAUUCAUGAUUUGGAACUUGUUUCUAACAAUGUAAAAUUACUCGAUGAUAUGUUAUCCCAUUAUAAUCUUGCUACUCCACAGCCUGAGCUUGAUCUUAUUAAGGAGUUGUAUGAAAGUUGCUUGCAAAUGCGUCCUGAAUUAUUUAGACUAGCAAGUAACAGUGUAAUAGAUAAAGAUGAUUCCAUGGCUGAAAUUCUUAGUGCCAGUGAUGAAUUAACUAGAGUAAUUGAUGCUUACAAAGAAAAAGUUUUGCUUCAAACUGUUGAAAGUAGACUCACAAAACCUUACAAUAUUCCUACAGCAUCACCAAAUGAUUCACUAUUAGAUCUCGGACUUGAUUCCAAAACAAUCCAACCAUUAUCCAACAUAUCUGAAACCUCUCUUUUGGAAGAGCAGUUUAAAAUGUUAGGGCUUGAUUUGACGGAAUCUACUUUGAAUCAAAAUUCUAUUCAAGCUUCUUCAUGCAUAAGUUUAUCUUCAAAUAUUUUACAUAAUCAACCUGUAACAACACAAUCUAAUUAUGGAAUGCAACAGGUUUUAUCUUCAAAUAUUUCAAAUAAUCAACCUGUAACAAUACAAUCUAGUUAUGGAAUGCAACAGGUUUUACAGCAGCAAAUGCUAAAUUCUUAUCAUCAACAAUCGUUUCAGAGUUCUAUCAGGAAUCAACCACCAUAUUAUUAUCCCUCUUCUGCUUCUGCAGUUUCUACUCACAACAUGGCUAAUGUUGGAUUUAUUCGUAAUGCACCAGUCAUUACAACUCCAAUAAAAGUUCAAGAACCAACAAAAGAGUUAUCAAAGGAGUUAAAAAAUAAAAACACCCAGGAUUUAUUUGAUUUUGAUGUAUUUAGUGAGUUUCGAGAGCCUAAAGUUAAAUCAAAGUUAGAAGAACACAACGUUGAAUUUUUAGACAAAAUAGAUGGUGCCAACCAGUCUGCAAUUGACCAUUUGCUCGAUCUUGAAAUUCCUCAAAAUUUAACCCUUACUACAGAUAAAGACAUUUCAUCUGAGACAUUUUCUGAAAAAAAAAAUUCUUUUAUAUUUACUCCAAAACAAAAUUACCAAUCUAUGUUGCAAAGUUUCGAUGAGACACAAACUUCUCUAGAAAUUACAUCAAAUUAUACUAAAACAACAAUAGAUACUUCAUUAAGCAGUUCACAAACAAGUUAUUUGGUGCCAUUGGAAACACUUAAGCCCACUGGUCAUGCUCCAAUCGUCAUUCUUGAUAAAGAUGGUUUAAAAACAUUUUUAAAUAUAGUCUCAGAUACAAGAGAAUCUGCAAAUCCAAACGUUCUUGUUUUUAUACUUUCAACAGUUUCUACGUCAACACAUCCUACAAAUAAUUUUUCUAUUCAAGUUGCUGUUCCAAAGGUAAUGAGAGUUAAACUUCAACCAGCUACUUCAACCGAGCUGCCAGCAUUUAACCCGAUAUUACCUCCGCCUACUAUUACCCAAAUUAUGCUUAUUGCAAAUCCGACUAAAGAAGAAGUUCGCUUGCGCUUCAAGAUCAUUUACACAAUUCAUGGAAUUUCGUCCGUAGAAAAUUUUAGUAUUGAUGAAUUAGCCGUUAGAUAAUUUAUUGCUUACACAAAUCAAAAUAAUUUACUUUGAAAUAAUUAUGAAUAUUUUUUAUAUUAUUCUUUCUAUAAAUAUAACAAUGUUGCUUGUAAUUUAUUAUUUUUUCUUUAUUUUGAAUACAUGUUUAUACGUUUUAAACGUGUAAAAUAUUUACUGUUAUUUAAUAUAGUAACUUAAUUGGAAACUUUUACAUCAAAGUUAUUAACACCUUUAUUAUGA